AUGGGAGGCGCCAUCGACGAUGAAGACGAUGAAGAGGGAGGCAGUCUGACGCGGCAGCUCGCAGAGACGGCUCAAGGAGUGAGAGAAAUGUCUAAGGAGCUAGGCCGCACUCGAGUCCGAUCGCGGAUUCAACACGUUCUGAUCGUCACCAAGGCCAGGGACAAUCGACUGAUCAAGCUUACGCGAGAACUCGCACUUUACCUGAUGCAGAAACGACCGACGUCUUCUCCGGACGGUGCUAGUCGUAACGGUGACAGAGGGAUGAUAGUCUAUGUUGAUGCUCAACUCGAACAUUCCAAACGAUUUGACGCCGAAGGCUUGGAGCGAGAUUAUCCGGAGCUCUUCAAACCGAUCUCCUCGAGGCGUGCGAGUAGUUCUGGAACAAGCAGUUUGAGUGCAUUUCCCAGCUCAAGCAGCGUCAGUGAGAUGGAGAGACAGAAGACCGACGGCCAGAGUCAAGGACAGGGACAGUUAAGAUACUGGACAGCAGAGCUUUGCUCGUCUCAAUCGAACCUGUUCGAUUUUGUCGUCACGCUUGGCGGAGAUGGCACAGUAUUAUUCACUUCCUGGCUAUUUCAACGGAUUGUCCCUCCUGUCCUUCCCUUUGCUCUUGGUUCUCUCGGUUUCUUGACUAAUUUCGACUUUGCGAAAUACAAGGAGACCAUGGACAGAGUCGUCGAUGACGGCAUUCGUGUCAACUUGAGAAUGCGAUUUACCUGCACUGUUUAUCGUGCGAUCGCACCUGAAGACGCUGCCGCAGCGGACGGUCAAGGAAGGGUGAGAAAGGCAAUCAAGAAGUCGGGUGGAGGGAUCAUGAUGUCAAGAGUGGAAAAAAAUGGCUGGGACAGUUUGGAAGCUCCAUACGGAUUAUCAGAGGAUUGCCGAGGAUGUGUCGGGAAGGAUAAAGAGAUUAUGUGUUUCAGCACGAGACCAGUGGAGCAAUUCGAGGUCCUCAAUGACCUCGUGGUGGACCGAGGGCCCAGCCCAUUCGUCUCCUUGCUGGAGCUGUUCGGUGAUGAGCAACACUUGACGACAGUACAAGCAGAUGGUCUGACCGUCUCCACUCCGACUGGGUCAACAGCCUAUUCCUUAUCAGCGGGAGGAUCUUUGGUACACCCUCAAAUUCCAGCAUUGCUCAUCACGCCGAUCUGCCCUCACACUUUGUCUUUCCGGCCUAUGCUGCUUCCAGACAGCAUGGAGCUAAGAAUAUGCGUGCCAUACAAUUCUAGAAGCACAGCCUGGGCAAGCUUUGAUGGUCGAGGCCGUGUCGAGCUCAAGCAGGGCGACCAUAUCAAGGUGACUGCUUCAAAAUAUCCAUUCCCAACUGUUUGUGCGGACAAGGCCUCGACAGACUGGUUCUCAGCAAUCUCCCGGACACUUCGCUGGAACGAACGAGAGAAGCAAAAGUCCUUUGUGGUGGUUGAAGAAGAUGGAGAACCCUCAGCUACGCAGGAACACGGCUCGAAACACCAGCAUGGCCCUUCGCGCGACGGGGCAAAGUCGAAAAUCCCGGCCCAUCAAGGUAUCGCAGAGGAAGAGGAGGAGGAUGAAGAGGAUGAGCAAUUCGAUAUUGACGACAAAUCCAGUGGCGAUGCCACCAACCCGUCUUCUCCCCACAUCUCAGCAACGAACCCAAAGCAUCCAUUGGAUCGCUUAAAACAGAUUGAGAGUCCGAUGAAGCACGUCGAUGGAGUCAGUUCGCCCGAUCGAUACGUCACGAAAUGCGAUGCGCCUCCGCCUCUAUCUCAACGACAUCUGAUGCGUGCUCUCGCCGCUGCCGAAAUCAACGCCAAAGAAGGUGAAGUAGGGGAUCGAGAUGAGAUCAGAGCGGGAUCGUCAAAUCAACGGUUGGAUGGCAAUGGUCAUAUGAUACCCUCCGGUCGAUCUCCUGUUGCCAGCCCAAGCAUGGCCUUGGCGGACAUGCGAAAUGGUGUUGCGGAUUUGAAAACUCCAAGAGCGAGUCAUCGUCAUCAACACCAACAUCAACAGCAUCACAGUCACAGUCACAAUCACCAACAUCAUCCCACGACCAUCGGCCAUUCACCUCAGCAUCAUUCUUCAUCUCGUAAACCCCCUCCACCCAAACGUCAGGAUAGUCGAGCCAAGGCAUUUGCAUUUUUCGGCCAGGAUGACUCAGCAUCGGACAUGAGCGAUCGCUCGGAGUAG